UCUGACAGUCUCCAGGGGCCCGGCCACGGCCAGCUCUAACACUCUUGUUCUGUUGCAGGGGUUGUGCUCACCGGUGGGCUAGUUAGCAGCCUUAGUGAUGCCUCUAGGUCUGUUGAAAGGGAACGGUUGAUUUUGGAGUGAAUGGUGGCUGGUCCACAGCCGGAAGGAUGAGGGGCCGUGUUGCCAGAGAAGAGCCGGAAGCGGCUCGCUCUCCUGGGGCGGGUGAAGACACGAACGAUUCCGGCUCUGCGCAGGAUGGUGCUUCUUUGUUGCGUGUUGCCAUGAAAUGACAGUCUUGGUUUGGGGCGAGGUGUCUGGCGGUGCUGAGAGUGGGCGAGAGCAGUGUGGUGUGGCGUAGGCGGCUGGGCUCGUGCUGGUGACGCACCGCACGCCUGGGGGCAGAGCUGUCACGUGUUUGGCGGUUCCACGGCCAGGGAGCCUGAAGAAGCCCGAGGAGCCUUGAGGCUUUUUUUUAGAGUCCAACCUGGAGUCUACUUUAAGUGUUGGUUUAUAGUGUAAAUCGUGUGGCAGGUGUCGGGGUGGCAGCCGUGGUUUUUCCUAGUGCGUGCUGAAGCAGAGUAGGUGAGAGAGUGACGUUCACACUGUUUCCUGGACACCUGUUUCUUACACCUGCUGUGCUGCCUGACACUUGAGACUUUGAUUAAAUCUAUUCUCUGCAUAUUUGCCUUGAGGCAUCGGAGCAGUAGUUCUCCUUAUACUGUGCGUUUUCCGUGUGUGGGUAAGCUGGAGGUUCAUGGUUCUGGUAAGUAUGUGCCUAAGAUGCAUGGUGAUUAGGUAAAACUAAUUUGCAGUUUUUCUGUUUUAUUUCUGUUGUUGUUGUCUGUUUGUUUGUUUGUUUGUUUUUAAAUGUUUGAUGCCUUUUUAAAAGUUCUGAUCUCUUUUCUGAAGCAGAGAACACUACUUUUCUGGUAUUAGGUUUCUAUAUUAAUUGAGCAACUAACACACUUUUGUAUAAGUUUUAAGUAAGAGAGACCAUGUAAGUGAAUAUUAUGUUACUGACCAAAAUGGCAAACAUUUUCAUAGGACCAGCUUCCCCCAAGAAGAGCUUCUGUCAUUGUUUCACUACAGGGCUGGUGGCUGCUCUGGAUCUUCUGUAGAAUUCUUUGAGCUGGGUAGCACAGUAUAUAGGCUUUCUUGAUUCCAUUUGGCCAGUGCAAGAAGUUGAUUGGCUCCCCCCAUCCAAAAAAAAGAAAAAGAAAAACCAACAAAAAACAAAACAAACAAAAAAAAAGGUGGGGGGGGAAGAAAUACCAUAGAUUGUUGAGAUUUUAAUUUUUUAUUUGGGAAAAAAAGCUACCUAUGCAUGUUCAGUUUGGGGGCCUACAGUCACUCCCUUGAGCAUCUGCAUAUUCUUUUAUCUCUCUCUUAAGGUACGGCAUACUGGAAUGCUAACUCUAGUAAAAUCUUCUAGGUACCAGGGAACACCGAGAACCUUCCUUUAACAGGAAAACAGCAUGCACACUUUUCCUUCUCUCUACCCUCUUGCAUAAGAGCAACUUAAGGCCUGUGUUAUUUCAUAAGAUCCCAUCCUAGAACAAUUGAGAAAGCAAUGGUCCCAUCCAUAGUCUCUCUAAAUGAUAAAAAGAUUUAAAACUACAAGCAAACUUCUUUUUUUGGAGUACCAAUUCAAAUAAAUUUCUUUUUAAAUUGGAAAUUGAAGAAUCAGCCUGGUUUUGAGAUUAGUGCUAGCAAUGAGCAUACCUUCUGUUCUGUGGAUUUAAAUCCUUUCAAGGAACACCCAUUUUAGAUUUUUGCACAUUUUCUAAUAUGGCACAACUUUCAAACUGGCUUAGUCUGUUCUUACAGAAAUCUGUGUAAGAACCGACUCCCCAGAUAGGGGGAUAUUUCUUUUCUCCCCUCAGGCAUCGCUGAACCUUGGUAGCCAUAUGCAGAAUAUACGAAUAAACGACCAAGUUCGUGUGUAGGUAUGUUUUUUUAACUGGCCGGACGAUCCAAGGUUUCAGUGAUGCCAGUGGACCAGAGCUCUGUGCAGAGUGUCCAGAGGUCACAAUAGUGUUAAUGGAGUACCAGAAAGCUUAAGGGUAUGGUCCUGACCUAAGAUGAGUGGCCAGACUUGCUAAAGUUAGAGACGAUAUGUGGCCUUCUUGGAUACGAACAGUUUAAAAAGACCAGGCCUGACCUAUGAUUUCUGUGUAAAGAAUUAGCAUCCACCCUGUAGAUCUGCAAGAGAAGGCUACCUCCUGCAGUGCUGUAUCUUGGUGAAUGCUAACUCUGCUCAGGGGCCUUUUGGGGGAAAGGGCAGUGAAUAGCCUCUAGAGAGGUAAGUUUCCCACCCUCCCAGCCUCCCCCCAGCUGCAGCUUGCUUGAUGCUGUCAGGAUCUGGAUUUGGGGGGAGUCUCUCUGUAGUGGAACCAGUGACAGAAGCUGUUCUUUAGAAUUUUCAGGAUGGCUGUAUUCUGCGGUCAGAAUGAGAGAGUCAAGCUGGGCAGAAUCUCUCGCCAAGAGUUCAGCAGCAAGGUCUUAUUCUCGGAGAAUCUACCCCAUUGCAGACUCACUGCAACUUCAGGAGCCUUAAUCGAUUAAGUGCCGUCAGCUCGAUGUACUACUCCGGACUCUGGCAACAGCUAUGGGUUCUAUUCUGUAUUUCCACUGUGUGUAGCGAAAACAACGGUCGGAGGCCAGAUGACGUGUUAGAUGGCCAGCCUUGUAAAAACUCGACUCUGUAUGUUCCCAUGUAUGUUACCGCAAUGCUCCUUCUGUUGUACAGUCUGUGAGAUACUCUUUGAAGAUGGUACUUUUAUUUUCUAUUUUGUUUCAUUUUCAAUAAAAGUACAUUACCUCCCACUUGCUGGUGUUGAAUCCUGUCGCUGAAUGUGCCUUGUGUGAGUGUGUGCUCCGGCGUUGCAGGACCUCAGAGCUGGAGGUGGCGCUCGGUGGUUCUUGGGGGCUGGCUGCCUUCCCUCCCCGCGGGUGGUGGUAGACAUAUGCUACCUGAGGUAACACGUUUUCGUUUUUGGGAGGGAGUGGGGAGUGGGGAGGGCCCACGGGAGGGUUUCUGGAUUUUGGAAUAGUCUGCUUUGUUUGCUCUCUUCUGUACUAUUAAACUGCCGAUGUUUAUUUUCAGGAAUGUUUUGCAAAUGCACUUCUCACUCUUCCCCAGUCCAACUGCCUUCGUGGUGAAACACCUCUUGGAAUACACCCAGGUCACAGAUUCUAACCUCAAGUACAGCUUGCUGUUAGUCCUGGGCCUCCUCCUGACGGAAGUCGUGCGCUCGUGGUCACUCGCGCUGACUUGGGCAUUGAAUUACCGAACUGGUGUCCGCCUGCGGGGGGCCAUCCUAACCAUGGCAUUUAAGAAGAUCCUUAAGCUAAAGAACAUUAAAGAGAAGUCUGUGGGUGAGCUCAUCAACCUGUGCUCCAACGACGGGCAGAGGAUGUUCGAAGCAGCCGCUGUGGGCAGCUUGUUGGCUGGAGGACCCAUUGUUGCCAUCUUAGGCAUGAUUUAUAACGUAAUUAUUCUAGGACCAACAGGCUUCCUAGGAUCAGCUGUUUUUAUCCUCUUUUAUCCAGCAAUGAUGUUUGUAUCACGGAUCACUGCAUAUUUCAGGAGAAAAUGUGUGACCACCACAGAUGAACGUGUCCAGAAGAUGAAUGAAGUCCUCACUUACAUUAAAUUUAUUAAAAUGUAUGCCUGGGUCAAAGCAUUUUCUCAAAUUGUUCAAAAAAUCCGAGAGGAGGAACGUCGGAUCUUGGAAAAAGCUGGGUACUUUCAGAGCAUCACUGUUGGAGUGGCUCCCAUUGUGAUGGUGAUUGCCAGUGUGGUGACCUUCUCUGUUCACAUGACCCUUGGCUUUGAUCUCACCUCGGCCCAGGCUUUCACAGUGGUGACUGUCUUCAAUUCCAUGACUUUUGCUUUGAAAGUAACCCCAUUCUCCGUAAAAUCCCUCUCGGAAGCAUCGGUUGCCGUUGACAGAUUUAAGAGUUUGUUUCUGAUGGAAGAGGUUCACAUGAUAAAGAAAAAACCAGCCAGCCCUCACAUCAAGAUAGAGGUGAAAAAUGCCACCUUGGCAUGGGACUCCUCCCACUCCAGUAUCCAGAACUCACCCAAGCUGACCCCCAAAACGAAAAAAGACAAGAGGGCUGCCAGGGGCAAGAAAGAGAAGGUGAGACCGCUGCAGCGCGCUGAGCAGCAGGCCGUCCUGGCAGAGCAGAAGGGCCACCUCCUCCUGGACAGUGACGAGCGGCCCAGUCCCGAGGAGGACGAGGGCAAGCACAUCCACCUGGGGAGCCUCCGCCUGCAGAGGACACUGUACAGCAUCGACUUGGAAGUCGAGGAGGGUAAACUGGUUGGAAUCUGCGGCAGUGUGGGAAGUGGAAAAACCUCUCUCAUUUCAGCCAUUUUAGGCCAGAUGACACUUCUAGAGGGCAGCAUUGCAGUCAGUGGAACCUUCGCUUAUGUGGCCCAGCAGGCCUGGAUCCUCAAUGCCACUCUGAGAGACAACAUCCUCUUUGGGAAGGAAUUUGAUGAAGAAAGAUACAACUCUGUGCUGAACAGCUGCUGCCUGAGGCCUGACCUGGCCAUUCUUCCCAACAGUGACCUGACUGAGAUUGGUGAGCGAGGAGCGAACCUGAGUGGUGGGCAGCGCCAGAGGAUCAGCCUGGCCCGGGCCUUGUAUAGUGACCGGGACAUCUACAUCCUGGAUGACCCCCUCAGUGCCUUAGAUGCCCACGUGGGCAACCACAUCUUCAGCAGUGCUAUCCAGAAGCACCUCAAGUCCAAGACAGUUCUGUUUGUUACCCACCAGUUACAGUACCUGGCCGAUUGUGAUGACGUGAUCUUCAUGAAAGAAGGCUGUAUUACAGAAAGAGGCACCCACGAGGAACUGAUGAAUUUAAAUGGUGACUAUGCUACCAUCUUUAAUAACCUCUUGCUGGGAGAGACACCCCCAGUUGAGAUUAAUUCAAAAAAAGAAACCAGCGGUUCACAGAAGAAAUCACAAGACAAAGGUCCUAAAACAGGAUCAGUAAAGAAGGAGAAAGCAGUGAAGCCAGAGGAAGGGCAGCUGGUGCAACUGGAAGAAAAGGGGCAGGGUUCAGUGCCCUGGUCAGUAUACGGUGUCUACAUCCAGGCCGCGGGGGGCCCCUUGGCUUUCCUGGUCAUUAUAUCCCUUUUCAUGCUGAAUGUGGGCAGCACCGCCUUCAGCAAUUGGUGGUUGAGUUACUGGAUCAAGCAAGGAAGUGGGAACGCCACAGCGACGCAAGGGAACAAGACCUCUCUGAGCAGUAGCAUGAAGGACAAUCCUCUCAUGCAGUACUAUGCCAGCAUCUACGCCCUCUCCAUGGCAGUCAUGCUGAUCCUGAAAGCCAUUCGAGGAGUUGUCUUUGUCAAGGGCACACUGCGAGCCUCCUCCCGGCUCCAUGACGAACUUUUCCGAAGGAUCCUCCGAAGCCCCAUGAAGUUCUUUGACACCACCCCCACAGGGAGGAUUCUCAACAGGUUUUCCAAAGACAUGGACGAAGUCGAUGUGCGCCUGCCAUUCCAGGCCGAGAUGUUCAUCCAAAAUGUCAUCCUGGUGUUCUUCUGUGUUGGUAUGAUCGCCGGAGUUUUCCCGUGGUUCCUGGUGGCGGUGGGGCCCCUCUUCAUCCUCUUUUCAGUUCUGCACAUUGUCUCCAGGGUCCUGAUUCGAGAGCUGAAGCGUCUGGACAACAUCACACAGUCCCCUUUCCUCUCCCACAUCACAUCCAGCAUACAGGGCCUUGCCACCAUCCACGCCUACAACAAAGGGCAGGAAUUUCUGCACAGGUACCAGGAGCUCCUGGAUAACAACCAAGGUCCUUUCUUCUUGUUCACAUGUGCAAUGCGGUGGCUGGCUGUGCGGCUGGACCUGAUCAGCAUUGCCCUGAUCACCACCACCGGGCUGAUGAUCGUUCUCAUGCACGGGCAGAUUCCCCCCGCCUACUCGGGUCUUGCCAUCUCCUAUGCCGUCCAGUUAACCGGCCUGUUCCAGUUUACCGUCAGACUGGCAUCCGAGACAGAAGCCCGCUUCACCUCAGUGGAGAGGAUCAACCACUACAUCCAGACUCUCUCUUUGGAAGCACCUGCCAGAAUUAAGAACAAGGCUCCCUCCCCUGACUGGCCCCAGGAAGGAGAGGUGACCUUUGAGAAUGCAGAGAUGAGGUACCAAGAAAAUCUCCCUCUGGUUCUGAAGAAGGUGUCCUUCACCAUCAAACCCAAGGAGAAGAUUGGCAUCGUGGGGCGGACUGGAUCAGGGAAGUCCUCUCUGGGGAUGGCCCUCUUCCGUCUGGUGGAGUUAUCUGGAGGCUGCAUAAAGAUCGACGGAGUGAGAAUCAGUGAUAUUGGCCUUGCUGACCUCCGAAGCAAGCUGUCCAUUAUUCCUCAAGAGCCAGUGCUAUUCAGUGGCACCGUGAGGUCAAAUUUGGAUCCCUUCAACCAGUACACUGAAGACCAGAUCUGGGAUGCCCUAGAAAGGACACACAUGAAAGAAUGUAUUGCUCAGCUACCUCUGAAACUUGAAUCUGAAGUGAUGGAGAAUGGGGAUAACUUCUCGGUGGGGGAACGGCAGCUCCUGUGCAUAGCAAGAGCCUUGCUCCGUCACUGUAAGAUUUUGAUUCUAGAUGAAGCCACAGCUGCCAUGGACACGGAGACAGACCUGCUAAUCCAGGAGACCAUCCGAGAAGCAUUUGCUGACUGCACCAUGUUGACGAUUGCCCAUCGCCUACAUACAGUCCUAGGCUCUGAUAGGAUUAUGGUGCUGGCCCAGGGACAGGUGGUGGAGUUCGACACCCCAUCAGUCCUUCUGUCCAAUGACAGCUCCCGGUUCUAUGCCAUGUUUGCCGCAGUGGAGAACAAGGUCGCUGUCAAGGGCUAACUCCUCCCCGCUGCUGGCUCUUUUCCUUGGAGCAUUGCCAUCCCCUGCCUAGGGCGGGCCCCUCGUCGCGUCCUCCUGCCGAAACCUUGCCUUUCCCAGUUUGAUCUUUCGCACAGCAGUUCAGGAUUGGCUUGGGUGUUUCAAUUUUAGGGAGAGUCCUAUUUUGAUUAUUGUACUUAUUCCAUAUUCAUGUAAACAAAAUUUAGUUUUUGUUCUUAAUUGCACUCUAAAAGGUUCAGGGAACCGUUAUUAUAAAUGUAUCAGAGGCCUAUAAUGAAGCUUUAUACGUGUAGCUAUAUCUAUAUAUAAUUCUGUACAUAGCCUAUAUUUACAGUGAAAAUGUAAGCUGUUUAUUUUAUAUUAAAAUAAGCACUGUCCCGAUAACAGUGCGAAUUCCUUUCUAUCAUUUUUGUACAGUUUGCUGUACUAGAGAUCUGAUUUUGCUAUUAGAUUGUAGGAAGGGUAGCGUUCUGGUGGUUUCACGGUGCCGGGUCCUCUGGGCGUCCAAAAGGAAGACGUGUGGCAAUAGCGGGCCGUCCGGGGGGCCCCCUCUGCGCCUCCUCACAGCCACCCCCGGGCGACGGGGAGCGGAGGGGGCUGCCGGAGGCCGUGCAGAGCACCGUGAAUUCUCAGGGCUCCUGCUUUCUGUCCCCUUGUCAUUCACUGUUUCUGCCAGGAGAGCAGCGGGGUACGGCCCCGGCCCCCUUUUCACUCCCUCCGUCAGGAAGGAGAGUCGCAGAAGAACGUUCCUCGGACAGGGGGAGUCCCUCUCCUGCCUCCCUCUCUUUGCUGUCGUUUCUUAGCCAGAAUCCCGUCCGUUCACAGACUGCUUCGGCCCCGGGUUCCCCGACGCGGCCGCUGCACAGAGCUCUCCAGCCCCACACCUGCCGGCCCCGAGCCCCAGAGCGGCGGCUGCUCUCGUCAGUGGCACUGUGUCAUUUGCCGGGCCCCACGCCUCCACAGUUCAGUGACAGGGGUCCGGAGUUUGUGGGUCUGUUCUCUCCUGCUGCAGUUGUCACAGAGUCUGUCUCUCUCCAAAGUCUGCGACUUUAAGCAGCUCUCGCUGAUCAGUGUCUCACACUGGCGUAGAAGUUUCUUGUACUGUAAAGAGACCUACCUCAGGUUGCUGAUUGCUGUGUGGGUCCGUGUGUUCCCGCAAACCCCCUCUGUGCUGUGGGGCCAGUAGCUCAGGUGGGCGUGGUCGCCGCUGUCAUCCACCGAACGGUCAGCGUUGCAUGUCGUGACCAACUAGACAUUCUGUCGCCUUAGCAUGUUUGCUGAACACCUCGUGGAAGCAAAGAUCUGAAAAAGUGAAUAAAAUUAUUUUGGAUUUUGUAAAA